AACGGCCGGCCAUUAAACCUUUGCUGAUGCGAAAACACGAACUAUACCAGUAUGGAUUGGUGGAAUGAAGUCAAAAUUUUCAAUAUUUUGUGGGUAUGCUGUAUCCUAUCAAUAAGACAAUGUCAGUACGUGGAUGCUUCAUUCACUGGUGUUACUCAGAAGAUUUUUGGAGGACCACUAGAAGGACUGAUCGGAGUAUUUGGAGAUUUCAAUAUGGAUAAGAAGACUGAUGUUUUUGUCAUCACGGAUAAUGGACAUAAAAUUGAGUUAUAUAUGAAAGAUGGUAAUAGUUCUCAUCUCCUACAUAUUCAACCAUCUGCAACCAUAGAAAGGUUAGAUGAUACAAUCACUAGUAUGGCUUCAGGAGACUUUGAUGGAGAUUUUCAGAUAGAUGUUCUUAUUACUACCAAGCCAAACUCUGAACCACUCAAUGUGAAUGUAUCUACCAAGGCAUUUGUUUAUUGGGGGAAUAUAACAGCUAUGAAGUAUGGUCCUCCUACAUUGAUAACAGACCAGUUAUCGGAUCAGCCCUUAGUCAUGGAUUGUAAUGGAGACAUGAUUCCGGAUGUCUUUGGAGCAGACAUGACGGGGAAAAAGAUGUUUUGGAAGACGAUGGUGAAUGAGACCAGGAAGUUUGUUGAGGAGCCCCUCUCUGGUCGUGAAGAUCAUCCCUUGAUGGUUCCAAACUCCAAUGCUUUCUUGGACUUGACCGGUAACUUUGCUGCUGACCUCUUCAUGGUGACCAAUGGGUCAUCUGGAGUGACCUUUGAGGUCUGGUCCUACCUAGCUGAUACAGAGGAUGAAGAAAGUACAUACACAUGGCAGUUCAACAAAGAAUACUCCCCUCCCACCAAACAGCCGAUUGCACACCUCGGAGUGUCAACCUUUGCGGACAUGAAUGCAGACUCCUUCUUGGAUCACAUUCUACCAGUAUGCUUCAAUGAUAUCUGUACCAAAGGAGCUAUCUUUGUUAAAUUCUUAGGACCUAUGGAGACAGAAUGGACGACCAUGUUCAAUCUUAGCCAGGCGACAUUUGACAAGAAAUCCUGGGGUUUUGUCCCGCCAUCAGAACACCUGACAGACUUCACUGUACUACCCCUGGUUGCAAGGACUGGUGAUUACAACCUUGAUACCCUCAAUGAUGUCCUUGUUCUAGUUCAGUCUGGAGAUCCAGGUUCUGUUGAGAGACGUAUCAUGCUGCUUCAGAACAUGGGUGAAAGACUUGAGCCAGCUUGGGCUACUGACCCAGCUAAUGAUAUUGUAUCUCCAGUUCUUGCCACUUUCAUUGAUAUACAACGUACAGGCCAACUUGAUAUUAUAAUUGUGAAUAAAACCGCAGGAGAAAGCCAACAUGAUAUAUACCUGAUGGAUAAUACACUAGCCAUUGAUGCAUACUUUGUGCAAACAGAAGUUUUGAGUGGACUAUGCAAGUCAGACUGUCCCAUGUCAAGAUCAAACAUUCCAUAUGGAGUAGCCCAGCCAGGUCCCAUGGUCAGAUAUGAUACUACUAGCUCCAUAGGACAACCUCAGAUGACUGGGGGUUCUCAGCUUUCCCAGUCAGCAUACUUCUCCUUGCAGCUCCCAUACGUCCUACUAGGUCUGGGUCAGAAUCCUAACUUUGUAGAUACUCUCAUGGUUGGUGUUCCUGGACCGACAGAUGGAGAAACUAAGAACCCGAGGGUACACCAGUGGACUUCUGUUAUACCCAACUCACAGCUGAUUGUAAUCCCUUAUCCAUUAGACAAACCUAAUGAUUGGAUAACAAAGAUUCUAAUCAUUCCUGGUCAGUCUGUCCUGUUGACUGGUGUCGUCCUCAUCAGUACUUGUGUUGUCUUAGCAUUAACAGCAGCAUUUCUUCAUCUCAAAGAAAGGAAAGACGAUGAAAAGGAAAAGAGACAAGAAGCACAUCGAUUCCAUUUUGAUGCCAUGUGAUCUUAGAUCGUUUCAUAGCUUACACUUAUUUAUUAUAUUACAGUAAAAGUUAUUAUUUGAUAACCACUUCUUAUUCUAAUGAACUCUAACCUGACAGUCUUAGAUUAGAAAAUGGAAUUUAUUGAUUUGAUUAUAACAGAAUUGAAAUUAAGUUAACAUGGUGCUUUACAUCAUAAUUAAAUCAGCUUUGUGGCCCAGUGGAUAAGUCUCCGGACUUUAAAACAGAGAGUUGUG